AUGAUCGAAACAGAAAAUUCAUCAUCUAAAACAAUAUUUCAAAAAAGGAAAACUGAAUCUUCGGGUUCUUCAAAAAAAAAAAGAACUUCAAAUAAACAUGACAAUAAUGAAACUACAGAAACUAUAGAACAAUUUUCUACCACUUCAACUUUAAAAGUAGAUAAAUUGCCACCACAUUCACCAUCAUUAGAAAGAUUUUCAGCAAUGUCAAAGCCAAGAGAAAGUAUUUUAACAACCCCAAAUGAAUCUGAUAUUGGGUGGGGAACAUUUAAUUAUAUUGCAAUUUGUUAUGUAAUGGCAGGGUUUUCAAUGAUGGCCGAUUCAUAUAUUAAUAAAGGAACUCUUGUAGAUUUUGAAUUAUUUUGGUGGUUAGUAAUUAACUAUCAGGUAUUAAUAUAUGUGACACUUGGAUUGGCAACAUGGUCUUUUUUUAAUUAUUUCUGCACCAGACAAUUUGCUAAACAUCGUAUACCAAGUGGGGUUUCAAUUUUUCUUUAUGUAUUUUGGCAAUUUGUUUGUUUUGCAGGUUCGAUCUCUUUUGUAUUAGCUCAUGAAAUGUCGCCAAUUUUAAGUGGUGGAACAGGUUUACAAAUUUGUGUAUAUUCAUUAAAGAAUCAUUCAUAUUGGCAUACAAAUUAUUUCUUGACUAAAGGUUUGGAUAAAGCAAAAAGUAAAGUGGUAAGAGUAGAUUUAACACCAAAUAUUAGUUUUAGACACUUUUUAUACUUUAUGGUUGCACCAACUUUAGUAUUUGAAACAUCAUUCCCAAGAACUAAAUCAAUAAGAUGGACCUAUGUUUUAAAAGAAUUGAUUGCUGGUGCCGGUGCAUUUUUAAUGUUUUAUAUAGUUUGUUUGUAUAGCAAUAAGUUUUAA